AUGGCUGUGGGGGUCAUCCUUGGUUACUUUGUUCCUCAGGUGAGGGAGAAGCUUGACCAUGCUCGAUUCGCUGAUGUUCCUGUUCCUAUAUUGGUUGGCAUGAUCUGGAUGAUGUUUCCCGUAUUGUGUAAGAUUGAUUACUCUCCCAGUCAGUUCAAACGUACAAACUGGAAGUACGUUGCUGCUCUGUUGGUUGUGAACUGGGUGAUCGCUCCUUUCUUGAUGAUUGGCUUGGGUUGGGCCACCCUUCCUGACUUAUUGGAAUUUAGAGUUGGAGUAAUCAUUGUUGGCACAGCCCGUUGCAUCGCUAUGGUGAUGAUCUGGAAUGAGUUGGCUGGAGGGGACCAACAGUUAUGUGCUACGUUGGUGUUGAUAAAUCUGUUGCUUCAGAUCGCGCUCUACGGACCAUUGGUGUACGUUUAUGGUAAAUACCUUGGUGGGUAUGAUGACAUGAAGCUUGCUAUAUGGCCUGCCAUCCGGUCAGUGUUGGUUUUCUUGGGGAUUCCCAUGGCUGCUGGAUUCGUCACCAGAAUUGGUACAAAGAUGUUAGGGAUUUACGACAAGACCAUGAAACUCAUUGGACCUACUUCAUUACUUGCUUUGUUGUACGUUAUCAUCGUGUUGUUUGCUCUGCAAGGUCAUGCUAUCGUUGACAACAUUGGGCCCGUCUUUCGAGUUGUUGUUCCCUUGUUGAUCUACUUCUUGGUACUCUUUACUGCGGUUGUCCUUGGGUGCCGUCAUUAUUGCGUCCCUUAUCCACAAAUGGUCACACAAGCAUUCACAGCGGCCUCAAACAACUUCGAAUUGGCGAUUGCGGUAGCAGGCUCUAUCUUUGGUGUCGAUUCUAAAGAGGCCAUGGCCGCAACAGUGGGGCCUCUUGUUGAAGUGCCUGUGUUGGUAACCCUUGUGUAUGCUAUCAGAUGGGUGAACCAAACUUGGUACUACAAGAAGAUCAACAAAUGUCAAGGUUGUGAUUUACAGCAAGUGGUUUUGGUGCAUGACCUGGAUGCUGAAGAAUUUAAUGACAAACACAAGUAUCGCCGCUUCAGGGCUGUCACGUCUGCGCUACCUGAUAAGAAUGAACCGAUAGUGGUGCUUGAAAAGCUCAAUUUUAGAGAGUUGGAACUAAAAUUGAUGAAAACUCAUUGA